UGUUUAACCAGUACAGGGAGGGUUGGCGUUAGUACAGCAAUCUGACAGUUCAGCAUUUGUUAAAAGAAUUAUAUAUAGAUCCAAAUACAUUUUGAUUACUGAAGAGGUAAACAAUGACUGGAUGAAUAAGCUAACUGGUCUUGCAAACACUGUCCGACGGAGCAAAGCACACAACGGGACAUUUGGACAUUGUCCUCUGACAAAGGAUGGCUGAAAGACUGUAAGCACGAACGAAUUGAACCUAAAUAUCAUCCUUCAAGCCUGUGCGGAGGGAUUAAAGCAGUUUAAGGACAUGUUUGAGAAUUUCAGAGAGAAGCUGCAAACGGUGCAGCAGGACUUCACAUCAGGAAUCAAAACUCUGAGUGACAAAUCAAAGGAGGCUAAAGUAAAGAAGAAACAGAGAAGAGAUGAGUACCUUCCCCAAUAUUCUGCUGGAGUCGAGUUACUCAGUCGAUAUGAAGACACAUGGGUGGCUCUUCAUAAACGGGCUAAAGAGAGUGCUAAGUCUGGUGAAACGGUGGACGGGGAGGUUGUGAUGCUGUGCGCACACUGGGAGAAGAGAAGAGGAGCUGUGCUGGAGCUGCAGGAACAACUACAGCAGAUCCCAACUUUCCUCUCAGACCUGGAGACCAUCACCUCACGUAUCGCUCAUCUAGAAGCUGACUUUGAGGAGAUGGAGAGUCGUCUUGUAUAUCUGGAGGAUUUGUGUGCUCAGUGUGAACAUCAGCGCUUUAAGCACUUUCAGAUCCUGCAGCUGGAGAACUAUAAGAAAAAGAAAAGGAAAGAACUUGAGUCUUGCAAAGCGGAGCUCGAUGCAGAACAUGCCCAGAAAGUGCUGGAGAUGGAGCAUGCGCAGCAGGUCAAGCUAAAGGAGCGACAGAAGUACUUUGAAGAGGCGUUUCAGCAAGACAUGGAGCAGUACCUCUCCACAGGAUACCUGCAGAUCACCGACAGGAGAGAUCCAUUAGGCAGUAUGUCCUCAAUGGAGGUGAACGUUGACCUGCUGGAGCAAAUGGACCUGACAGACGUGUCUGACCAUGAGGCUCUGGAUGUUUUCCUCAGCUCUGUAGGGGAAGAGAGCAGCACUGUGUCUCCUGAUGCAGCAGGAGGCCCUUCUCUAGAGCCCGGCUCAUCUCCAUCUGACAUCAGCCUGAAGGUGCCCACACAGAGCGAGCUCCGGCACAUCUCCUCCAUCUCCUCGUCCUGCACCGACACGGUCAGCGGCACCACCGAGGGUCCAGACGAAGAGGAGAGCAGCAGCGGAGACUCACCGCUGGUCCAGUCCGACGAGGAGGAGGUACACGCUGACACUGCCCUCAUGGGCCUCCCCGAAACAGAGCAGCUCAAAAGCUCAGACGACAGCGACACACAGGCCCCCUAGUGGCCACCCAGAGGAAACGCAAUCAGUCCUGUUGCCUUUCUGGGGACGAAAACCUGCUUUACUUCAGGGUCCCGAGUGCUGAAGGCCAGCAGGACGCUUCUUCAUGGCUGUGUGCGAUGACACUUUUGGAGCUGUUUGAGCUCAUCAGACUGUUAGCACUGUGAUUUUUGCUUUCGUUUUUCCAGCACAGAACAAAAUCAACAUGUUUUUAAAGAGAUAGUUCAACCAAAAAUGAAAAUUGCCAUCAUUUAGUCUUCCUCCAAAACAGGCUUCUGUGGAACACAAAAGAAGAUAUUUUGAAGAAUGUUUUGUGGUACUUUUUUUUUCCAUUUACUACAGACAUCAAUGACUAUUGGUCAUUAAAAUAUCUUUAUUUUUGUUCUACAGAAACUCAUAAAUGUUUAGAAGCACUUGAGGGCGAGUAAAUGUUCAUCUUUUUGUGAACUAUCCCUUUAAAAUGACCUGACAAAUCAUAACUAUAUUGAAAAGAAAGAUUUUACAGCGCUCCUGCUAAUAUAACACAUGUAUGUUGCAUGACAUUUGUAAUGCGGAGCUCAUUUUUGCAUACACUGAGCUGACGGGAAGACUCCGAAAUAAAAUAUCAGUUGAAAUAAGA